AUGGCAGCUUCGAAUGCCCAGUUAGUAAUCAAUGCUGGUGUGGCGUUGAUUGUGGUUACGGGGUUAUGCAUAUUGGCGAGGGCUGUAGCCCGCUGCAUGCAUAAGACGUUGGGUGUAGACGAUGUUCUGAUCCUAAUCAGCUGGAUACUAUCCAUAGGAAUAUGCUCUAGUGCAAUGCUUGCUACACAGCAUGGACUGGGACUUCAUCGUGACCAAGUCGGCGACGAGGACUAUAAUUUGUAUCUCAAGAUUCAAAUAGCCACCUCAAUAACGUAUAGCUGGGGCGUGGCAGCCGCCAAAGCAUCGUUCGCGGUUCUUUAUCUAAGGAUCUUUCCCGAGGGCGGCUUCAGGGUCGUUAACAAGUGUAUGCUUGUAUUCCUCUUCAUGCAAGCCACUGAGGAAACAUGUGUUGUUAUGUUUAAGUGUGAUCCUGUUACAAAAUCGUGGAAUUAUCGUUUGGAGGGAUCAUGCUUCGACUUACACCCUCUUUGGUAUACAACCUUCGCCUUUAAUCUCAUCACCGACCUUAUCCUAUUCGUCGAACCAAUCCCUUCGACAUGGAGACUCCAGCUACCUCUCCUUAAAAGGCUUGGCCUUAUCACGAUGCUUUCAUUGGGCUUACUGGUGACAGCGAUUUCCGUAAUACGCAUUGUAUCGGUUACCGGCAUAGGUGCAGACGAUACUUAUGAACUUGCGGACCCCUUAAUCUGGUCCAUGGUGGAGUUAUGCUCACUCAUCAUCUGCUCAUGCAUCCCAUCAUUUAGACAGGUCGCAGCGAGGAUCCCCGGCCUCAACAGCGUCCUCGGUCUAUCGUCGAACGAACACUCAAAAACAUACUAUGCGAAUGCUUUAUCGAUACCCUUGCAGCUGCAAAGCCGGCCACGCAAGGAAUACAUCCAGUCGCAAAAGUCCAAGGCGUUGUGGAGUCAGACUAGGCCCUCUGCGUUUGGCAUGACGGUCCGCGCGACGGGGGCGGCGGGCAUGGACGAGAUCAGCGAAAACGGUAGCCAGGAUGAAAUAUUCCCGCACAAGAGCGACCAGACCGGCGUUAUCCUGGUCACGACGGAGGUACAGCACACCAUCGAAUCGGCGGCAGAGAGUGCCGUGGGUUUCACGGAGACGUCUGUGCAGUUUAAUAAAGAAACGACCAACGACACGAUUGAAGAGCCGGAUCCAAUAGCUCCAGCGAAGAAAUCGAGUGAGAAUUGGCUGCGACUGUCUAGGUAA